AUGGUAUCUGAAUCUCCUAGGCCGUUGCGCAUUGACGUCUCACGUUCCUCUAUGGAGUCGCCACCAGCCAUUGCCGCCUUGUUCGUCAUCAGCUUCGACAUCAGAGCCGGAUAUGUGGUCUCGUGGAAGCGAACUGCGCCGGGAGUUGAGGUUGAAGGGGUUGUGGAAUACAAAUCACUGCCUUCUGGGCUGCACAAUGUGACUGAGGACCUGGUGUAUUUCGUUCAUGAACAGUAUGCCGGCAUCAGCGCGUUCCUCAACCUUCCCGCCACGGCGGCUGAACGCAAUGCAAAAAUGUUUGCAAUCGGAGUUUUGGUGCCCCUUAGCACCGGAAGACUUGGAAAGAGCUGGCGACACGCUCCAAGGCUCAAGGAGCUCACGCUGAAAUACGCCGAGAACAUGUCAGAUAUGCAGAAUCUGUGCGAUUAUUGGGACACAUAUAGGAUAGGAGGGUGUGGUUCUUCGGCUCCCGAGUCUCCUCUCGACUCGCCUCUUAGUCUUCGAUUUCGACCCAGCGAGCGACCAGAUCAGUCGAGUCGCAACCGGGCCUUCAGCGAUGCAAUGGUACUAGAAACAUUCAGGCCGGCCCUGACGCCCUUCCACCCUGCUUCAUCGCUUCCAGAAUUCACGGAGUGCUUCGGGCCUUUGAUUUUCCCCCUCUACAGAGCCGCUUUGCUGCGCAAGCGCAUUCUCUUCAUGGGCGAGGUUCCUGUACACACAUCUUGCAACUAUGUAUAUGAUCUUUCUCUCUUGGCCUCGUUGCCAAACUCCCUCCUCCAGCUCCUCCCCAACGAUCGCAUACCACCACUACGCCCUCGUCCCCUCUUCAACGUUGGCAUCCAUGACAUCCCAUACCUCUCCUCUUUCGAUCCAUCGCGCAGCAUAAUAGACCUCGAUACAGACCCAAGCUGGAUCGCCUGCUCCACUGACACAGUCUUAACCAUGAAACCCGACCUCUUCGACGUCCUCAUCACCCUGCCCGCACCGUACUCACAACAAACCGCUGAGCGGGCUUUCCCCAAAAUUUCCAUCGUCCAUAAAACAGGAGGAAAACCCAACCAAGCCCAAGAAAUCCAGCUAAAAGCCACCCAGCGCGACGCCCGUCGGUAUGCUAUGCUCCGCCGCGGACUCCGCCAAUUCCCCGACGACCGCCCCACAUCCCCAGAUGAAGACCGCUCAGAUACAGACUCAACCUAUUCCUCCAGCCCCAUUGUCGAGCCCAUCUCCUGGACCCGCCUCGCCUACACCUCCUUCAUCUGGUGGGCCUCUGCUGGCGAGAACCGCGACGGCCUCUCAGAGGAAGAAGAAGAACAGCAGAUGGAACAAGACUCCCGCCUUCUGGCAAGUCAACCGCGCGAAGUCGCGCUAGUCGCAUACUUCCGCCGCUUGACGUCACAGAUCUUCGUCACGUUGGCUGGCGCCAUCGCGCGCUAUGAUAGCGACCUAGACGAUCUCUAUAACGAUGAGCCGUACAUCGAUGAAGAUGAUGACGUCGAUGCUUCGCUCUCCAUGUCUCGCCAGUCUAUCCAUGGUGAUGAGGGGAGUUCCCCCUUACUCCGGCAGCGGUCGAGCGUGAGCGGGUCUCCGAGUCGUGGGUCAAGAGCUGGUCACCGCGACGGUAGUGCGAAAGACACUGUCACGAUUACGGUUGCGGAUAUGGCGGAGAUGGGGCUUGAUGUGUGGAGUGCAACGGACCGUGUUUUUGUUGAGGAGUUGGUUUCUUUGUGGUGGGAUCGUCGUGCGAAGGUUGAUAGUGCUAGGAUUAGAUGUUGUGGGAUCUCGGUUCUGUAG